AUGAAUACGUUAAAAUUAUUCCUGCAGCGAAGGACACCAACAAUUUUAUUUAAUCGUACAGCGAAAAAUAAAAGAAAAUUUAUAGAUCCUAAAGAAGAGGAGCAAUUGCCAAUAUUUCAGUAUCCAGUAAGUAAGAGUUCAGAUAGGAGAGUAUAUGUAUGGGGGUUAGCGGAAACUGGUGCCCUCGGUAUACAUAUGCCGAGGGCAAUGAAAAAAUUCAAAAAGUCUUACAGGAAUAGCUUCAGUUUCAUUUGGCAUCCUAUGAGGUCUAGUUUUUGUGAAAGAUUCGAUGUAACAAACGUAGCAUGUGGAUAUGGUUUUACAGUAGCUGCAGUAAAAACGAAUGAACAGCAUAAAGUUUUUGGAACCGGUAUCAAUACAGAUUCCCAAAUUGGUUAUCAUGCACCGAGAAUUGGACAUCCACUUGAAAUGCUGUUAAGUCCUGCACCUAUUUAUAUACCUUAUAAGUCUCUGGAAACUAAGAUAACAAACCUAGCCGCUGGUAGAGCGCACACGUUAAUAUUAACAGAUAAUGAAGGAGUGUAUUCAUUAGGCAAUAAUGCAUAUGGCCAAUGUGGAAGAAAAAUAAACCCAAAUGAAGAAUAUAAAGGCAGUAUGGCAUCCUAUAAUAUUAAAAGGCUUGGCAAGGAAAAUAUUAUUUAUAUAUGCUGUGGACAAGAUCACAGCCUCUUCAUAACAGAGUCUGGUAAAGUGUAUUCAUGUGGAUGGGGAGCGGAUGGUCAGACUGGUCUUGGAACAUAUGACAAUCAGGGCCACCCUGCUCCCGUGAAGGGAGACAUCACAAGUGAAAAGAUUGUUAAAGUUGCUUCCACUGUUGAUUGUGUUUUAGCAUUAAAUGAUAAUGGCGAACUCUUUGGUUGGGGCAACUCAGAAUAUGGACAAGUACCAAUGAACUCAAAACACCAACAAGUUAACAUGUCUUAUGCAUUAGUUAAUUUUACCAAAGGUCUAGGAAAGAUAGUAGAUAUCGCUGCUGGUGGAUCCUAUUGUUUAGUAUGUAAUGAAAAUGGAGAUGUAUUUGUUUGGGGCUUUGGCUUAUUAGGCCUUGGACCUAAUGUACAACACGCACACAGUCCUAAGCAAAUUCCAGCACCAUUAUUUGGGCGCAAUGAAUUUAAUCCAGAAUCUAUGGUGACUAAAGUAGCAUGCGGGGUUGGCCAUCUUGCGGCUGUAACUAAAGAUGGGGAUCUAUAUAUGUGGGGUAGAAAUAGACAUGGUUGUUUAGGCCUAGGCCAUGGGAAAGACCAACAUUUUCCACUAAAAAUUAGUAUUGGAGCUCAUGUUUUAUCAGUUGAAUGUAGUGUAGAUCACACAGUAGCUAUGUGCCGACCCUUUACA